AUGGCGGCGCGGGGCGGCUCGCUGGUGGCAGCUGUGCUGGCCCAUUCGGGCCGUCUCGACAAGGAGGACCUGGGCACUCGCAUCGGGCGGCUGUCCCGCCGCGUGGAGGACCUGAAGGGAGAAGUCUGCAACAUGAUUAACAAGAAGUACAACGAGUUCCUGCCCAGCAUGCAGAGCGCCGAGGAGCUGGUGUCGCAGGUGGAAGGGCUGACCAUCAGCAUCGACCUGCUGAAAGCAGGCAUCGAGAACGAGGUUCAACGAGAUCUCAGCAUUGCUGUGGCUGAAUUUACUGAGCUGAAGCAGCAGCUGGAGAGAGACACCUUGGUGCUGAGUGUCCUGAAGAAGCUGCAGGAGUUUGAUACAGCUAUUAAAGAGUACAACACUGCCUUGCUGGAAAAGAAGUAUGUGGAGGCAGCUCAGCAGCUGGAGAAGGCACGGAGCAGCCUGAGAACGCUGGAAUCCCGCAGGGGCUUUGAGCUGAAGAUCCUGAAAGCCCUCAGCACAGAGCUGACAGUGCAGACACAGAACAUGCUCUACCAUCUGGGAGAAGAGUGGCAGAAGCUGGCUGUGUGGAAGCUUCCUCCUUCAAAAGAGAGCAGCAGCCUGGAGUCAGUGAUGCAUUCAGAGCUGCACCUCCACACGGUGCCACCCAGAGAGGAGGAGGUUGCUGGCCCACCUGUUGCUUCUGUGCUGCAGGCAUUUGCUGUCCUGGGGGAGCUGCAGGCCAAGCUGAAAAUAUUUGGUCAGCUGCUGCUGAAGUACAUCCUGAAGCCUCUGGUCUCAUACCCCUCUCUGCAGCCACUCACAGAGGAGCAGUCAGAUGUCUUCAUCCUACAUUUCAAGUCCAAGGGGCCUGGCUUGGAUCAUUGCUCCCCUGUGGAGGUUUUUGAGAAGAUCAAACUUGUCUUUGAAGUGCUCCACAAGUACCUGCUGAAUGUGCCCCUGGAGCAGCCUGUGGAGCAGGCAGAGGAGGGCAGGCUCACGCUGGCAGAGCUGCUGGGGGACUUGAUCUGGGAGGAGCUGUCAGACUGCCUCAUUCAGAACUGCCUGGUGAAUUCCAUCCCAACCAACAGCAGCAAACUGGAGCAGUACAUAGAGGUGAUUAAAUCCACAGAGGACUUUGAGAAGGCCUUGAAGGACAUGAAGUUUUUGAAGGGAGACAUGACAGACCUCCUGAAAUACGCCAGGAAUGUCAACUCCCACUUUGCCAACAAGAAAUGCCAGGAUGUCAUCGUGGCAGCCAGAAACCUGAUGACCUCAGAGAUCCACAACACUGUAAAGAUCACACCUGAUUCCUGCCUACCCUUACCAAAACUUCCUGAUCCAAAGGCAGGAGAUCACUUCAGCACCCAGAAAGCUUCUGAGGCUCUUCCUGCUGGGGUGGUGAGCUUGGAGACCGAGCCCAGGCUGAGCCAGCACACCUUUGCCCUGCCCACGUGCCGCAUCAGCGCCUCGGUGGAGAAGCUGAUGGAGCUGGCUUACCAGACCCUGCUGGAGGCUACAGCCAGCACAGAGCAGUGCUGUGUGCAGCUCUUCUACUCUGUGAGGAACAUAUUCCAGCUCUUCUAUGAUGUGGUGCCAACAUACCACAGGGAGAACCUCCAGAAGUUCCCCCAGCUGGCAGCCAUCCACCACAACAACUGCAUGUACAUCGCUCACCACCUGCUCACCCUGGGCCACCAGUUCCGCUACCGCCUCACCAACAUCCUCUCUGAUGGAGCAGCCACCUUUGUGGACCUGGUGCCUGGCUUCAGGAGGCUUGGCAUGGAGUGUUUCCUGGCCCAGAUGAGAGUGCAGAAAGGAGAAAUCCUGGAGAGGCUCUCAAGUGCCAGGAAUUUUUCCAACAUGGAUGAUGAGGAAAAUUACUGUGCAGCCAACAAAGCAAUAAGGCAGGUCCUGCAUCAGCUGAAGAGGCUGGGGAAGGUCUGGCAGGAUGUGCUGCCAGUGAAUGUGUACUGCAAGGCCAUGGGGACUCUCCUCAACACAGCUCUCUCUGAGGUUGUCACCAGGAUUGCUGCCCUGGAGGACAUCUCUGCAGAAGAUGCAGACAGGUUGUACUCCCUCUGCAGAACCAUGGUGGAGGAAGGGCCUCAGGUUUUCACCCCACUGCCUGAAGAGGAGAGAAAUAAGAAGUACCAGGAGGAGGUUCCAGUCUAUGUGCAGAAGUGGAUGACCUUCAAGCAGCUGAUGAUCAUCUUGCAAGCCAACCUCCAGGAGAUAGUAGAUCAGUGGGCAGAUGGCAAGGGGCCUCUGGCAGCCGAGUUCUCAGCAGCUGAAGUCAAGAGCCUGAUCCGAGCCUUGUUCCAGAACACAGAGAGGAGAGCAGCAGCUCUGGCCAGGAUCAAGUAG